AUGUACAUUUGUCAACUGGUCAAGGACGUUUCCAUAAAAGAACGUAAGGUCGAUGAGGAAUCAUCACGAAGAAAACGUUCUAAGCAAUAUUUCUUGAUAACAACGGAUGAACGGCAUGUUCAAGUGUGCAUUAAAAUGUUUUUGAACACAUUCGGCUUGAAGGAAAAGAUGGUGAGAGAAUGGUUGAAGCAUAAGGGCACUUAUGGUCUCCGUGAAAAUCCGCUAACAGUUCAAAAGCGCAUAGACACAAAACGGCAACAAUCUGACAGCAAUCAAGCUCUACUCAACAGAAAAAUCGGGCUUCUGACUUUUUUGAUGGACUAUCCUAAGGUAGACUCUCACUAUUGCCGAAAAGACACCGGAAAAGAAUAUCUACAGACGUCGCAUCAAACACUAAUUGACUUGUACAAAGACUAUGUUGACAUCUGCAAUCACGAGAAUUCGAUUUCAUUAUCAUUCCCUGUCUUUAGCGGAACUAUGAAAAAUUUGAAUUAUUCUCUGUUCAAACCGCGCAAGGACCAGUGUGACACAUGUAUUGGGUUUAAGGUGGGAACAUUGAAUGCUAAUGAAUUUGCUGAACAUCGAAGAAACGUUGACCGAGCUAGUCAGGAAAAAAAAAAUGACUUGAAUGCCGCAGCUAUGAAACUGUUCACUCUUUUAUGUAUGGAUGCUGAGGGCGUUGUGUUGUGUCCGAAAUUAUUGGCGAGUGCCCUGUAUUUCAAAUCGAAGCUUCAACUGCACAAUUUUACUAUCUACGAUAUAUUGACUCACGACUCAACAAAUUAUGUCUGGGAUGAAACCGAGAGCGACCUGCAAUCAUCUACAUUUGUUAGCAUAAUCAUUCAUCAUUUGGAGAAACGUCUUCAGUCUGGACCUCUUCCGAUAACAGUUUAUUCUGAUGGAUGCGGUUAUCAGAAUCGCAAUGUUGUAAUGGCGAAUGCGCUUCGAUUGUUGGCGAUAAAAUAUUCCCGAUCGAUUACUCAGAAGUUUUUGGAAGUUGGUCACACUCACAUGGAGUGUGAUUCUACGCAUGCGUGUAUUGAACGAAGAUCAAAAGGAAUGACGUUCAACUUACCAUCUGACUUUGAAACAGCCAUUUCAACGGCGCGUGACAAACCAUCACCAUUCAUUGUUGAGCAUUUGACACAUAAAUUCUUCCGGAAUUACGAUGACCCGAACUACUUGACAUUGAAAUCGAUUCGUCCAGGUAAAAAAGCGGGCGACCCUAAGGUCACUGAUAUCCGGGCCCUUCGAUACGAUCCAGAUGGAAAGAUUUUCUAUAAACUUCAUUUUGAUGACGAGUUUAAAGUGCUACCACAAGCCUUCAACAAGCAAAACAUUUCGGUGCCGACCAAUUUGCACAAAGACCGACUGGCAAUAAGUGCGACCAAGUGGAAGCACCUGCAGGAGCUUAAAUCUGUUAUUGACGCUAAGAGCCAUUCUUUUUAUGAUAACAUUCCCCACCGCGUUGGCGAAGAAAAAAUUACAUCAGAGAACGACAAACUGAAAAAAGUAAUGGCGAACAUUAAUCUCGUCGAAGCCACAUCAACUAAUAAAAAUGUGAAGCCGAAAGUAGUUCGAGAAAAUGCAAAGAGAAAAGUUGUACGAAAAAAUACAAAAACUUAA